AUGGCUGUUGACGACCUUUCCUCGAGCGCGAAAGCAAGGGCCAGUGAUUUAAUCGCGUACGGCCAACGCCAAGUCGACCGCGUUGUGAGCCCACCCACGCGACAGAAGGCUUAUGAUCGAGUUUACGAUUUGUCAACUGAACGGCCCAUUCUACUUUCCUUCUUAGCUUUCCAGUUGGCCCUGUGCCUCGCGCCCCUCCUCUUCUUCGCAGGCUUUGUCGCCACUACUAUCGCCGUCUCGUUGAUCUCCGCCAUCCUAUUUUCGCUCUUUUGGAUCGGCAUCGCAUUACUCUUUCUCGUCCCCACCCUCUUCGUCACGUUCACAAUCGCCCUACUGCUCUGGGCCUGGGCCGCUGCUUCGUUCUUUGCCAGCCGUUGGGUGUACCAGAGGCUACCCUUUAGCGUCGAUGGUGACGGUCAAUUGAUUAUGACCAAUAGCACUGGCAAUAAGCAGGUCAUCUUCCAAGGGAAGAAGGGCGAUGAUGGCGGCAGUUUCGACGUCAAAGCCGAGGCGGCCGAAGUCAAGGAUUAG